AUGGAGAACCGCUCGUCAGUUGUUACACAAGAAAAGGAGGGGUAUAUUGACAACACUUGUAUUGUUAGUAACACAUUGCAGGAUGUAGCCUUGUGGCUAACAGAAACUGUUGUCCUGAAAACACUAGAAAAGCUUAACACAAAUAAAUCCCCAGGACUGGAUGGCUUACACUCGAGAGUCCUCAAAGAUCUCAGUCAGGUUAUAGCCAGACAAUUGUUUCUAAUAUUUCUGGACAGCAUAUUGACAGGAAUGGUACCAGCUGAUUGUAGAAAACCCAAUAUUAUGGUACGAAUAUUCAAAAGAAGGCAGAGUCAUAUACCGGAAAACUACAGGCCAGUCAGCUUAACAUCAAUUGUAUGUAAACUGUCGAAAGCCGGGAUGAUAAGGGACUAUUUCCAAGAAUUUGCUGAUGAACACAGUAUCAUCAGCAAAAAUUAUCAUGGGUUUAUGAAGGGUUAUUCCUGCCAGACCAAUCUGUUAACAUUCUAUGAGGAAGUGAGCUGCCAUCUGGAUAAGGGAAGGCUGUUGGAUGUAGCAUAUCUGGAUUUUACAAAAGCAUUCAAAACAGUCCCCCAUACAUUCUUAAUCUACAAACUGAGGUCUGUAGGCAUAGACCAGGGAUCUCCAAACUGCGGCCCUCCAGCUGUUGCAGAACAACACAUUCCAUGA